UUCUUUCUUCAGUACCAAUUAUGGCAACGUAUACUUUCGAACAAAACGAAUACUUGGAAGAUGUGAUUGAGAGUCAGGGUUUCUAUGUGAUGAACGAUUUUGGUUGGAAAACACCAUGUGGAAUAGUGAAAAUUGGCAAAAAUUCUGAAGCUUUUGAAAAAGCAAAGAAAGCUACAACUUUUGCAGUAGAUAAAUACAAUGAGAAAUCAGAGAAAUCAAAGUUGGAAUUAUUGAGAAUUAUGAAUGUUAAUUUUGAACCUACUGCUGGUGCAAUUUAUUAUAUUUCUUUGGAAGCCAUGGAUUUAUUUUCUAGGAAAAUUCUUCAUUAUCAAGCUAAGGUUUGGGAAAAAAUCAACACUGGUUAUAAAGUUGAGAUUUUUCGAUUUGCCCCUUAUAUGCCAAAGCUCUCAGAAUGUGUGGAAGAGAAACAUUGCUGUAUUAAGGUUAAUAAUUUGCAGGACUGGAUGGAUGAGAAUUAUCUUUAUUAUAAGUGCUGUUACACAUUCAAAAAGUUUGUUUCUGUGGAGGUGAUUAGGGAUAAAGAAACUGGCAAAUCUAUGGGCUAUGGUUUUCUUUGGUUCAAAACUCAUUCAGAAGCAAUGGAAUUUUUAGAGAAAAAUGAAGGAAAGCAAAUGCCAAAUUCCAGCCAGAAUUACUCAUUGGUGUUUGGAAAAUUUUGAAGGCCAAAGUGUUUUUUUACAUAGUUUAUUAUCCAUUUAAAGAUUAUGUUAUUUUAUGUAUUACUCAUUCACAUAGUUUAAAUUGUUUUUUAUGGUAUUUAGAUGGUCUUUUCUUGAGUAGUUUUUAAUAAAUGUUCUAAUUUCCGGUAAAUUUUGAUGAACAAUAAAAACUUUUUACAUCCACCAUACCUCUCCAUGAUUUCGUCACUGAUUAAUUUCAAACUAUUAUAUAAUUUGGGAAACGAACAAACUCAUUAUUCACCGAGUUUUUAAUCGUGCACUAUCUCGCUCUUGGAUUUGAUUAUUAAUAUAUACACAUUUGUACAAUGUAGUACAUAUAUAUUAGAAAAGUAAAAAAGCAAUUUAAUAGAAGAAGGGUAAUUGAAAUACUAAAUUUGCAGGAGAAAGCUUUAACAAUUCUUAUUUAAUUUUUUUUUUUUUCCUUUUUACAUUAACAAAAAAGCAUGCAUAAUAACAA